AAGAAAGCCAUGCAAGAGAGGGAAGAGUUUGCAGCUGAGGCCAUCGAGAACAUCCGCACGGUGGCGUCGUUGUCGAAGGAAGCCAGUUUCAGCGCCAUCUAUGAAGAGAAGACGCAAGCACCGCAUCGUAACAUCAUGCGCGUGCAGGCGCACCUCUACGGUGUGACGUACAGCAUAUCUCAGGCAAUCAUCUUCUUUGCCUACGCCGCUGCCUUCUCGUACGGAGCCACGCUGAUCGACAGGGGAGAAGCCCAGUACCAGGAGGUAUUCAGGACAUUCUCGGCCAUCGUGUUUGGUGCGAUGGCUCUUGGAGAGAGUGCCAGUUUUAUUCCCGACUACUCCAAGGCAAAGACCUCGUCACGUCGCAUAUUCAAAGUCAUCGACAACAAGCCGUCGAUUGACAGCUACGCCGAGACCGGCGUCAGACUGAAGCAUGUGACGGGUUCGAUCACGUUAAGGAAUGUGAAAUUCCACUAUCCGACACGACCAGAAGUAGAGGUCUUACAGGGAAUAGAUGUGAGCGUGAGACCGAGUCAGACGCUCGCGCUCGUGGGUAGCAGCGGUUGUGGGAAGAGCACAAUCAUACAGCUACUCGAACGCUUCUACGACCCGCAAGAUGGCGCUGUGAUGCUGGACGAUGAAUUCGUGACAGAUCUGAAUGUUCGCUGGCUGCGCUCCAAUAUCGGUGUCGUGUCUCAGGAACCGAUCCUCUUUGAUAACACAAUUGCUGAGAACAUUGCCUACGGAGACAACAGCCGUCCCGUUCCUAUGGGCGAGAUCAUAGAGGUUGCACGCAGAGCUAACAUCCACGAAUUCAUACGUAACCUUCCUCAGGGUUACGAGACUAGGGUCGGAGAGAGGGGAGCACAGCUGAGCGGGGGAGAGAAGCAGAGAGUUGCAAUCGCCCGCGCCCUGGUACGCAACCCGAAGAUUCUCAUACUAGACGAGGCAACAUCGGCUCUGGACGCCAACAACGAAAGGGUGGUGCAAGAGGCUCUGGACGCUGCGCAGCGCGGUCGCACCAGCCUCGUCAUUGCUCACCGAUUCUCGACGAUACAGAACGCUGACCGCAUCGCUGUGAUUCACAAUGGUAGAAUCGUGGAGGAGGGCACGCACCAGGCUCUGCUCGACCGCCGGCAGCGCUACUACGCCCUCUAUAACGCGCAGUCUCCGGAGCAUGCGCGCAGCGAUUCGAUAAAGGGCGCUUGGGUGCGCUUGUAA